AUGGAAGUAGAUGAAAGCAUCUACUUUCAUUCAUUCUACUUUCACCAUCCAUUCUGCAUUGACUCCUAUGUAAACAGCAUUGACUCCUAUGUAAACAGCACUGACUCCUAUGUAAACAGCAUUGACUCCUAUGUAAACAGCACUGACUCCUAUGUAAACAGCAUUGACUCCUAUGUAAACAGCAUUGACUCCUAUGUAAACAGCUCUGACUCCUAUGUAAACAGCAUUGACUCCUAUGUAAACAGCAUUGACUCCUAUGUAAACAGCAUUGACUCCUAUGUAAACAGCACUGACUCCUAUGUAAACAGCGUUGACUCCUAUGUAAACAGCACUGACUCCUAUGUAAACAGCGUUGACUCCUAUGUAAACAGCAUUGACUCCUAUGUAAACAGCAUUGACUCCUAUGUAAACAGCAUUGACUCCUAUGUAAACAGCAUUGACUCCUAUGUAAACAGCAUUGACUCCUAUGUAAACAGCAUUGACUCCUAUGUAAACAGCAUUGACUCCUAUGAAAACAGCAUUGACUCCUAUGUAAACAGCAUUGACUCCUAUGUAAACAGCACUGACUCCUAUGUAAACAGCACUGACUCCUAUGUAAACAGCAUUGACUCCUAUGUAAACAGCACUGACUCCUAUGUAAACAGCAUUGACUCCUAUGUAAACAGCACUGACUCCUAUGUAAACAGCAUUGACUCCUAUGUAAACAGCAUUGACUCCUAUGUAAACAGCAUUGACUCCUAUGUAAACAGCACUGACUCCUAUGUAAACAGCACUGACUCCUAUGUAAACAGCACUGACUCCUAUGUAAACAGCACUGACUCCUAUGUAAACAGCACUGACUCCUAUGUAAACAGCAUUGACUCCUAUGUAAACAGCACUGACUCCUAUGUAAACAGCACUGACUCCUAUGUAAACAGCACUGACUCCUAUGUAAACAGCAUUGACUCCUAUGUAAACAGCAUUGACUCCUAUGUAAACAGCACUGACUCCUAUGUAAACAGCACUGACUCCUAUGUAAACAGCGUUGACUCCUAUGUAAACAGCAUUGACUCCUAUGUAAACAGCGUUGACUCCUAUGUAAACAGCGUUGACUCCUAUGUAAACAGCAUUGACUCCUAUGUAAACAGCAUUGACUCCUAUGUAAACAGCAUUGACUCCUAUGUAAACAGCAUUGACUCCUAUGUAAACAGCAUUGACUCCUAUGUAAACAGCAUUGACUCCUAUGUAAACAGCACUGACUCCUAUGUAAACAGCAUUGACUCCUAUGUAAACAGCACUGACUCCUAUGUAAACAGCAUUGACUCCUAUGUAAACAGCACUGACUCCUAUGUAAACAGCACUGACUCCUAUGUAAACAGCAUUGACUCCUAUGUAAACAGCACUGACUCCUAUGUAAACAGCAUUGACUCCUAUGUAAACAGCACUGACUCCUAUGUAAACAGCGUUGACUCCUAUGUAAACAGCAUUGACUCCUAUGUAAACAGCGUUGACUCCUAUGUAAACAGCGUUGACUCCUAUGUAAACAGCAUUGACUCCUAUGUAAACAGCAUUGACUCCUAUGUAAACAGCACUGACUCCUAUGUAAACAGCACUGACUCCUAUGUAAACAGCACUGACUCCUAUGUAAACAGCAUUGACUCCUAUGUAAACAGCACUGACUCCUAUGUAAACAGCACUGACUCCUAUGUAAACAGCAUUGACUCCUAUGUAAACAGCAUUGACUCCUAUGUAAACAGAGAGGGGUCAACUUGA